AUGUAUUUGAUGGAUAAUAAGUUACCUUCGAUACAUAUGAGUCAAAAUAGGAUAAGUUUACCUUCGAUAAACAAUCUUAACUUACCAUUAAACUUACCUUUACCAAAUCAAUAUACUAUUAAUCAUCCACCUUCAAGUAUAAAUAUUACUAAUAACAAAGAAGUCGAAGAACAACGAUACAGUCUAUCACCUAUAAGUCCAAUAAGUCCAAGGUUUAAUGACAAUAAAUCACCAAGUUCACAAUCAUCACAAUCAUCACAAUCAUCAAGAUCUUCAGUUUCAGAAAUCGAAGAUAUUAAAGACAAAGAUGAACCUGAUAGAAAGAAGAGAAAGAAAAGACAAUGUCCUGAAUGUAAGCUGUACUUUUCAAAUCUUGCCACUCAUAAGUCCACCCAUUUAAAUCCAAAUUCAAGACCUCAUAUCUGUAAAUAUUGUUCAAGAGGCUUUGCUAGACCGAACGAUUUAUUCAGACACAUAAAAUGUCAUUGGAAAGAGAUUGGUAUUGAUAAAGGACAAUUCAAAUGUCCUUAUAAGAAUCAUUCUUCAGGAGAUCAUUGUGGACAUAAUUCAGGAAUAUUUAGUAGAUGUGAUACUUUUAAAAAUCAUUUAAAAGCUAUUCACUUUCAAUAUCCUAAUGGUACUAAAAAAGACCAAAGGUCAAAUUCUUCUGGUGUGUGUAGGAUGUGCCAGAAAGAGUUCAAAAACGUGGAUGAUUGGUUGGUUAAUCACUUAGAGAAGAACCAAUGUACUUUUGCAAAUGAAUAUGGGAAAUAA